AUGUGGGGCCCGGCGGCUCCGCUCUGGGCGCUGCUCUGCCUGGGGCUGCCCGCGGCCGCGGGGCGUCCCGUGGGGCUGGACAGGGUGCGGGUGGACGCGAGGAACCUGAUCCGCACCCUCAGCACCCGCCUCCAGCGCCUGCAGCUGUUCCCGCUGGGGGUGCAGAUCCUCGGGCUGGGGGCGGUGCUGGAGGGGCCGCCCCCCCCGCUGGGGCUGGGGGCCAUGGGGCAGCACCUGCAGCUGUUCCAGCGCCUGCUGGGGGCGCUGCCGGGCGGGGGGGCCGCGGGGGGGGCUCCGCUGGCGCAGGUGGCCACGGACCUGGAGACCCUGCGGCACCUGCUGGGGGCCAUGGGCGCGCUCCUGCGCUGCCCCCCCCCGCCCCCGCCCCCCCCCGCGCCGCCCCCCGCACCCCCCGCCGUGGCCGAGGCCCCCCACACGGCGGCAGGGGUGACCCUGGCCCGGCUGCGCCGCUGCCUCGAUGCUUUAUAUUAA